UCGUACAAUAUGAGUAAAUUCAAUGCAACACUGUUUUCAGACUGGAGAAACAGAAAAUUUGUAUUGUGGUCUGGCUGUGAAAAUUGUUUAAAAAUUAUAAAAUUGGCAAAGAAAAGUGUGCUAACUUGUGUAUAAACAUGCACCAGCGAUAUUACAAUAAUUUGGCAUAAGUGAGUGUACAACCAGUGUAUCGAAUAUGAUGGAAAUUCCGAUACAAGUAGCUGUACGUAUCUACCCCUGCUUACCACCGGCUAUAACAACACCUAUAACAGCACCACUACCAUCAGCUGGCAAUGUUGUAGAUACGCAAUCCAUUUUAGGGGCUGAUGAACAUUCGCAAAUAACUACGCAAAAAGAUGACAAUGGCAAUUUCAAUGCGAAUGAAAGUGCUGGAAAUAAUGCUCCCACGAAUGUACCAAAUGAACCGACAAGAGCUGAACCAAACAUCUACGUGCAGGCCAUACCAAUGACUGCACCAGGAUUUCUAAAUUCGGCACCCACAGCUUUGCCUGGUCAAUUGGACAAUGGUAUUGCUGCGGGUUUAAUGCAAGUGGGACCGCAUUCAUUUCCCGUGACUCAUGCGCUAUCUAUGGAUUGCACACAAAGUCAAAUUUACCAUCAAACCGUAUUUCCAUUGAUUAGUUUGUUUAUGGAGGGAUUCGAUGCGUCUGUGGUAACAUAUGGACAACGUGGUACUGGUAAAACAUAUACACUGUAUGGACCUAGUUUAGAUUGUGUAUAUAGUGAAGCCGAGCAGGGUGUGGUGCACAGAUGUGUGCGUGAAAUAUUUUCCCAUAUGGCGAAUCAUCCAGAACGUACUUAUGCUAUAAAUAUCGGUUGGGUGGAAAUAAUUGACGAUGCUAUUCAUGAUUUAUUGGGCGUGGGCAAUGUUCAUUGCAAUAGCAUCACGGAAGUAUUCCAUUGGUUACAAAUUGGCUUAAAUGCCAAACAGUCUGCUAACAGUAACGACGAUUUAUCUAUAAGCCAUACACUUUUUACGCUUACACUCGAACAACAAUGGGUUUCAAAAGAAGGUCUCAUACAACAUCGCCUGUCAACUGCGAGUUUCUCCGAUUUAUGUGGCACUGAUCGUGUAUUCAUGUUGAAUGCACUAGAUCAGACGACAAGUUUGCCCAAGGAUGUGGGCCUGCAAACAUUGGAGCGUGUGGUGAACACACUUACUGAUCCAGCACUCAUGUAUGGUUCCAACGGCAAUAUACCUUAUAAUCAAACCACAUUGACAACACUCUUGAAAGACUCGUUUGGUGGGCGCGCACAAACUUUACUCAUUCUAUGUGUUUCACCGCUGGAGCGUGAUUGCAAUGAAACCAUCUGCAAUUUACAAUUUGCCUUCAAAGUACAAUGUGUCAGAAAUUAUGUGAUUAUGAACACAUUUUCGGAUGACAACACACCCAUCUCACCGGAAGCGUUGAUGCCAGAAUUGCCUGGCGGCGGUGGACGUGGCGUACCAGUGGGCGCCGAUACAUUCGGGCUGCAAUUUGCGGCAAGUCAGUGGUACAAAUUGGUAGCCAAUGCAGAAGGAUUGUUCUCAAAAUUGGCUGCUUCGAAUGCGAUGACUGACCUGGACAAAGAACAAAUUGAGGAGUGGCUUUUUCUCAAACAAGAGUGUGAGGAAUGCUUAAGCUCUGCUGAAGCUAUACGUUCACAGAAACAACUAGGACCCAUACAAGAGGCGGAAGAGCCUGAGGAGGCUGUUAGCGAUCCCGAAACUUCAUUUCAACAGAAUUCGGAUAAUGAAUCCGACUGUGAAUCGCAACGACCUGAUUUAAUGGAAAAGCUAGAGACACUAAUGGAGGAGCUACGCAUUAAAACCGACACUUUAAUACAUGAUAAAUACAAAGAAUUUAUGCAAAACCAACCGAAAGCUGUCAUGGAAAGUCAGGAGAGCACAAGACAUAAGGAGCCAGCGCAGAACUUAGAUUUGGUACUCAGUGAGCAACGCUCAACUAGUGAAAAAUCAGAUGAACGCAAGCCAUCAAUGGGCGGGCGACGCCGUUCGAUACAGCCAGGUGCCAGUCUUUCUAGCGCCGAAAUCGCCAUGCUCAACCGAGUAGCGUCGCGUGAACAGACAGCACCAAAAGCCGAUGACUUCCUCGAGAGUUCAGGUGACCUGCAGCAUGCCGCACAAUUACGCGCUGUCAUCAAUUCGCCACUGGAAAAUGUACAAAAGAAAUUGCGCAAAUUGGACACAGAUAUCGAAGCGCGUCAACGGCAAAUCGAAGAAGUGGAGCAAACAAUGCAGUUGAAGCAGAACAUUAUAACGGAAUUGGUGAAAAACAGCGACACACGUUCCACGGCCAAGCAGCGUUUCCACAAGAAAAAAUCCAAACUCGAAUCUGAAUAUGAGAAGACCAAAAAGCAGUUGGCCAAAGCAAUAGUGCAGGGUAAGGAUAAGUCGGAGAUCGAACGUUUGCGCGCCUUAAUCGCGCACAUCGAACAGCGCCUGCAAGAUCUCGCCUCAAUGAAGCAUAUCGCCGGCGAGAGUGGACAAAAAGUGAAGAAGCUACAACAAUCGCUGCACGAAUCCAAGAAACUCAUCGACGACCUGCAAAAGAAGCUGAAGAAGGAUCGCAAGCAACGCGAACAGUUGGAGCACGAGUUGAAAGUACUUAAAGAGAAAGAAAACACGCAGAACUCCAACAAUAAAGCGCUCGUGAAGCUGGAUGGAGGCGCGCAUACAGCCGAAGAUGCCGAGCGUGGCAAGAAUCUGAAAGAGGUGCAAGCGCGCAUCUCGCAUUUAGAUCAUGUGUUGCGUGAGAAAUCGGAGAAUUUGGAACAGUACGGCGACAAUGCUGAGGGCACCGGCGAAAAGGAGGGGCUGCGGCAUGAAAUACGGAAUCUGCGACGCACACGCGAUCAUCUGUUGGAACAACGUUGCGCGCUCGAUCGCAAGUUGAAGCGCGACAAGGUGCUGUCGCAGCGAGAGGAGCGCAAAUUACUCGAAUGCGAUGAGGCCAUUGAAGCCAUCGAUGCGGCGAUUGAAUUCAAGAACGAACUUAUCUGCGGCCACAAAUCCAUUGACACCAGCGAACGUUUGCAACGUGAGAAAGGCGAACAGAUGCUGAUGGCGCGUCUCAAUAAACUCUCCCCAGAGGAGAUGCGCACGCUGUUGUAUAAGUAUUUUGUGAAGGUAAUCGAUUUGCGCGACUCUUCGCGUCAGUUGGAAGUGCAAUUGAUGCAGCUAGAACGCGAACGCGAUGCUUGGGAGUGGAAGGAGCGUGUGCUGUCGAAUGCAGUGCGGCAGGCGCGUCUCGAGGGCGAACGUAACGCCGUACUCUUGCAGCGGCAACACGAAAUGAAACUCACUUUAAUGUUACGCCAUCUCGCCGAAGAGACCUCAGCUUCAGCAUCGGCUAGUUCGUUGAAUUUCAGCGAUGCACAACAACAGCAGCAACAACAACGUUACAUGCGUCCCACGCACCUUGCAUUGGCACAUCAACAACAACUGCACACAGCUGGCGGCGCGCUUAACGCUACAUCGCCAUACUCAGACUCCGAACUCGAAACCGAUUUCUAUAAGCCCACAGUACCAGUGAGUGGUAAAAUUUUGAAACCACCUAAACAUGGUGAAAUGGAAAUCUGUCCGCUAUCCGAUGCUUUGGCGAAAUACAAGCCACUGGACAAAUUCAAAGAGAAGGAGCGCGAAUCAAAGAAUAAACUAUUUGCCAAAUUUCAAGUACUCACACGUUACGCCGGCCAUUCGGUGACUGCCGCCGCGGCGGGUUGUGGCGCCGACGAGCAGCAUGGCGGCAGUAGUAGCCGUAAGAAGGAUAAGGAACAAUUAGCAGCGGCCAUACCACAAGAGAACCUAAAACGCUUAAUAUCAACAACUCCCGCCACGAAAGUGACACGUCAGAAGAAUAAAAUUAUCAUACAGGAUGCAACACGCAAAAAUUAGUAAGCAUUGCAGUGUGCUAUUUACUUUAGUUUUAUAACUCAAAAUACAAACAAACAUGCAUAUAUACUUAAAGGGCUGAGUAGUGAGGAGUUAAGUAGAAAUUAUAAUACUAAUUUCUAUGUUAUAAGGUCACUCAUAACGUUUAUUUUUUUUUAACAUAUAUGAAUUAUAUGUUACUUUGGUAGCUAACGUACUAUUCCUUAGAUUGUCACAAAUACGUCUUCACGUAAAUAUUCCUAUGUGCCAGGUGCUUUUGUACUUGUUAAUUAUUUGUUUACAUUAUAUGUAUGUAUUAUUUGAAUAGCAUAAAGCAACAUGCUACAUAACUUAGGUAUUUUUUAAAUAUUGUGCAAAGAAAAUUUUCAUAAAAAUAUGUGUUAGAAAAAAGUCAUUGAUUUAAUUUUGCGAAAUCAAUUAAUUUUUUUAUUCUUAUUAUUGUAAUCAAAAUAAUCGUGCUUUAGUUUUUAGGAAUUAACUGUGCUUUAUAUUUUUUUAUUUGAAAAAUAGUAUUUUCAAAAAUAUUAUUUUCAAAUAAAUUAUUUUUUUAGUAAAUUAUUAUAAUUUUCAAAUUUUUUUUUUUCAUUAAAUUUCUAU